AUGGAAAAUAAAAUUCAAAACGAAAUAAUUAAUCCUUCAUCUCAGAUAUAUUAUAUAACUGAAAUAUUAAAAAACUAUGGGUAUAACGAUAAUUUUGAAAAUAAAGUUGACUUUGCUGUUGAAAUAGAUAGAUUUGAUCUAAUUAAAUAUUUACAUUCAAAAGGUUAUAAAGGUACAAAAGAUGCAAUUGCUUAUGCUGCAGAAAAUGGUCACCUUAAAAUUAUUAAAUAUUUACAUGAAUUAGGGUAUAAAGGGUAUAAAGGUACAAAAGAUGUAAUUAAUUAUGCUGCAAUGAAUGGUCAUCUUGAAGUAAUUAAAUAUUUACAUGAAUUAGGGUAUAAAGGUACAAAAGAUGCAAUUAAUAAUGCUGUAGUAGAUGGAUAUUUAGAUGUAGUUAAAUAUUUAAUAUCUUUAAAUUAUAAAGUCAAUGAAACUGAUUUUAUGUGUGCUUUGCAGGUUAAGAUUGUUUAUGAAUAA